AUGAAGCCAAAGCGACCGUUGCCGCCAGCACGUACGCUCGCGCUCGUUAUAGCAGCCCAGCUGCUUCUGUGCUGGCUCUUCCUGCUGGCUGCCCGUCUGGACGACGUCGGCGUUCAAGCUGCAGACGAUCCGUCGACGUCUUCCACCUCCUUACGUCGCUGUAUCUCUGCGGCCCAUCGGGACCGUCGGUACGUGCAAGCAGGAGUGUGUGUGACGGUCCAGGAGCGUGCGGGAGCGUUCGCAGACCUGCUCUACGCCCUGAAGGUGGUGCUGGAGAAUGCCCACGUGGUCUAUUGGAUCGACAGCGGCACGUUAUUGGGCGUCUACAGGGCGCAACAGCUCGUGCCGUGGGACUAUAACGUUGACAUUGGGAUCACCGUAGCUGGGCUGAGCUCCCUCCGAUCGAUGGCUACAGACACGCUGCAAGUGACGGAAGGCUACGAACUCACAGUGUUUCACAGUCCUCUACAUGAAGCUGGCGAGACGUCGACAGCUGUGCCUGUGAGGUUCGUGGACACGACGUUUGGAUUUUACGCCAACGUGUUUGCGUUUGCGGAGUCUCAGGGAGUUUUCAAGGACGAUGUUAAGUCCGUGACAGCAGCAGAGAUGGAGAAUGAUGUGGUGGGCAAUGGGGUUCUAGUGGAAACUCUAGCGGGACCGGAGCCGUCGCAGAUGUGGCAGCGGUGCGUUCAUUGUCCGGUUAUUCAGGAUGCAGACGAUGGCAUCACGUCGAAAGACGCGAACGUCAAUGCAGUGACAAAACAGUUUCGUGUGCCGCGAGAUUGGCUCUUUCCAUUGCGAAUAUGCAAAGUGGAACAGUUUGAAGUCAAGUGCCCAGCGCAGACAGCGCCUUACCUCAUGUAUAUCUUUGGAAACCGGUUCUUGACGCCUGAAUUGUGGGACUGA